AUGCCACCUAAAAAGAAAUCUCGUGGAGCGACUCCUACUGCUCGUGGAGAGGGACGAACUACACGUUCCUCAGCCAGAAAGGCUAAAUCGGACCAUACUGAAUCGGAGGGGUCAGCCUCUUCUGAUGAUGAGAAGCCCUUCGAUAAAGGCCACGUGAUGAGUGUGAUGAGAUACGACUUCGAAGAUCUCGUGACAAAUGAUCGCUUCGAGCACCCCCACCUCAUCUCCAAGAUUGAUCCGAAGGAGUUUAACCUUGAAUACUACGAGAAGUCUCGUCUUGCGACACCGCUUCUUUUUGAAUGUGAUGCACACGAGCUUGGGAUGAAGGUACCGAACGCAGAUGAGUUCUCGGUUGACGAUGUAUUGAGGCUCGUCGGAGGAAAUCGAAUGAUAGAAGUAGUCGAAGUUAGCGGACAAACAAGCGUGAAGAUGUGCUUACAGGAUUUUGUUGACUAUUACAAAACUCCCAGGGAACAGCGAGAGACAUUGUACAAUGUGUUAUCCUUGGAAUUCUCCAACACAGAGAUGGAGGAUCUUAUACAGUCGCCAACACUUGUUCGUCAAAUUGACUGGGUUGAUAAUCAUUGGCCGGACGCUCUACGUCAGCGAUAUAUCACGUUUAACAAGAAAGGACAUUACACCCCUCAUCAUACGUACCCGAAAGUGCAAAAAAUUCCUCUAAAUAAGGAAUCAUUUGUGAUCUCUUUGCUACCACUACUAUCAGGUUUUUUCAUGCUGAUCUUUCCGUUGCACUACUGUUUGAUGAGUGUUGAACGAUGCUACACGGACUUUCAUGUCGAUUUUGGUGGCACUUCUGUGUGGUAUCACGUGCUUAAAGGGCAAAAGAUAUUCUGGUUGGUUGAGCCAAGUCUGACAAAUAUCCGCCUGUAUGAGGAAUUUGUGAAAAAUCCCGAGCAAACGGGAUUUUUCGGUCACGUUGUCGAUGAGUGCGCUAGAGUGGUACUGAACCCUGGAACGACGGCGAUUAUUCCAUCAGGAUGGAUCCAUGCUGUAUACACGCCAUCUGACAGUCUCGUUUUUGGAGGCAAUUUUCUUCAUUCACUUCGUGCUGAAAUGCAAAUUCAAGUAUACCUCAGCGAAAAUCGUAUCAAUGUCAGUCUUUAUUUCUUGAAAUUUUACUUUCUGUUUUUGCUUUAUACUGAUAUUUCUCUUUUUCGUUUUACAUCCCUGUUAUACUUGUACAACGAUAUAUUUCACGAUCUCUAUGGAAGGUCAACCAGUGCUCAUCGAAAUCCGGUUGGUGAAGAACCGCCCAUUGAAUUUAAUCAAGCUGAGCUGGAUCGUAUUUCUCAUUUGUUGCUACCUGAAUAUGAACGGUUGUGCGAAUAUCUACGUAAAAAGCGAUUGUUGGAUGUAGCUGAAGGCAUAACUCAACCUGCUAGCCUCCUCAACUGCUUUAAUUGUAUUUUGCAAAAGAGAAGAGAACAACUGGUGAGUGGAUUGCUAACUUUGUUUGAUCCGAAAAGAUGGGCAUGGGGUCAACGAAGCGUUCUAUUUCUUCGGGGUCGGUUGGUUGAGCUGAAUCUCAUUGAACCCUUACCAGUGAAAGAGGCGAAACCGAAGCGAUCAUACAAACGGCAGGCACAGGGUUCUCCACGUACGCCACGUUCUACGAAAGCUCGUCAGAGUGGUCCAUCCAAAGAGUCCGCGGGUGAAGAAACAGAGGAACACGAGCACAUUAACACCGAAGACGAAACAAAUGUUAAUGAGGUGGCUAAUGGUUCUGGUGAAGCGGAGAUGGUGAGUUUCAUUCUGUAG